UGUGUGUGCCCCAUGCAGAGCUCUGGACAGGCUAAAGCAGGUGCCAGCUCCAACGUGGACAUGAACAACCUCAGACCUGAAUAGGCUGAGCUCGCUGCUGGAAAUAUCUCCUCUCUCAGCUGGUCCUUCUGUUCCAGGAAAAUGGGGUUCCUCUGGGGGCUGCUCUGCCUGGCUGCUCUGCACAGCCUCCCAAGGCUGGCACAUGCCAGUGACCAGCAGCGUCUCUUCCUGGACAAAGACGGGAAGCUGAGGGAUGUGAAAAGCGCUGGAAUUGCACAGUUGCAUUUGGUGGAAGCCAUCCCAACCCAGCCAAAGGAAAAGCUGGUAGAAUUUUCUUAUGACAGCUUCCAGGAGAACCAUGGACCCAUGUCAGCAUUCACCACCACCCUGCCAGACACAAUGGAUGAUUGGAACUCAGAAGAUGAAGCCGUAGCUGAGGCUGGGGGCUGUCGUGGGAAGAAAUCACCUGGGGAAAAUGCCUCUUCUGAAGAGGAAGGAGAGGCUGGAGAUAAAAGCUGUAAGAUGACUUGGAAGAAGAGCCAGAGGCUGGCAGAUGGCUUGAUGAGAUUCAGCAUUGAUCUCCUGAGAGAGGUGCAGCUGGAGUCCAACAGAGCCAACGUGGUCCUGUCCCCCCUCAGCAUCGCCCUCGCCUUGUCUCACCUGGCACUGGGAGCAGCAAAUCAGACAGAGAAGCAUUUGCUGGAGGUGAUGCACCUGGAGUCAGUGCCCUGCCUCCACCACAUGCUGGGCACCCUUCGCAGGAGGCUCACAGAGUCCACCCUCAGCCUUGGGUCACGUUUGUACCUGCAGAAAGGGUUUGAGGUGAAAGAGAAGUUCCUGGAGGAUUCAGAGAAAUUCUAUGGAGCAAAGCCCAUGACCCUUUCUGGGAUGAGUCAGGACGACCUUGUGGCCAUAAACAACUGGGUAAAGGAAGCCACUCAUGGGCAAAUUCCCUCCUUCCUCCAGCAGCUCCCUGAAAACACAGUGAUGCUCCUGCUCAAUGCCAUCUAUUUCCACGGGUUUUGGAGGAAUAAAUUUAAUGCCAGCUUCACUGGGCCAGAUGUAUUCCACCUUGACAGUGAGUUUGUGGUCCCAGUUGAGAUGAUGAGAGCUGCUGAGUACCCCCUGAGCUGGUUUACACUGGAGUCCCAGGAUAUUCAGGUAGCCAAGUUUCCUUUUAAGAGUAAUGUGAGUUUUGUGGUCCUCGUACCAAACCAGAACACCUGGAACACCUCUCACAUGCUGGAGAACUUCCCUUACAAAGAACUGUGCAGGCUUUUCCCCAGAGAGGUGCCCACCAUGGUGAAGAUCCCCAAAAUAAAGUUGGACUACAAGCUGGAACUCAACCAGGUUCUCAGCCAGUUGGGCCUCCAGGAGCUGUUCACGAGCCCAAAUCUCCAGAAGAUCACAGAGGAGCCUCUCUUUGUGUCCAGUGUACAGCACCAGGCCACCCUGGAGCUUAAAGAAGAUGGGGUGGAAGCAUCUGCUGCCACCAGUAUCGCGGUGUCGCGCUCGUUCUCUACCUUCACCCUCGACAGGCCCUUUGUCUUCAUCAUCUUUGAGGAUGAAACAGGGAUCCCACUUUUCAUUGGCAGUGUCCGGAACCCCAGCCCAGAUGCUGCUCCCCAGAUCCGAGAGCCUUGGGACUCGCGCGAAGCCACAGAUGCCAACGAGCACCACGUGCCCAAAUAACAGAGGGCAGAGCCUGAGUGUUCUGGGACUCCUGCCUGACCCUCUGCACCUGCUGAGAGAGACCUCCUGCCCCUCUGAGGCCACAGGGGGCAAUUCCUUGCUGUUUUCCUUUACAGAUCCCUAGAGACCAGCCCUGGAAUAGCCCAUUCCAGACCUGAUGAGGUUCUCCAGGCUGAGGCACCCCUCCGUUGAACCUGUAAAGCUUGUUCUGCCUGGAUUUCCCUUCCAGGGCUCUCAGUCAUGGAAGGGAGACUUUCUUGUCCCCAGACUGUUAUUAGAGUCUUCAUUAAGAUCUUA